AAAAUUUAAAUUUUGAUUGAUUUAAAUGGUAAUGAUUACGAUGUAUUGUUUGAUGUUUUCAGAGAGAUGUGGAAUUAAAUACAUUAAAAGAAAAGUUUAAGCAGUUAAUGGAGCAGAAUGAGAAGUUACAAGAAGAAAAAGAAGAUGUUCAAGUAAAACUGGCACAGAUUAAUGGGAAAUUACAGAGGUAUCAGAAUAAUGAAGAGCAGCAGGGUUUAUCAGAUGAGUCUUUAACAGGAAACAAUAGUGCUGGUGAAAGAUCAAAGGUUUCACCUAAAUUAAGAUUUAGCACACCUCUAGCUAGACAUUCAAUAUGUAUGGAACUUAAAGAUAGGUUAAAUGAAGAUAAAACUUUGCCAUCACCAUUCUGUGAGAAACUUGAGCUGUCAACAGAUGUUAACAUCAUCAACAGGAGAUCAGUCCUCCUACCUACAUACAUGUCCGCCUGGGAUUUUGAAGUGUCCAAUGGUUCCCUACAGGAUUAUUCACUAGAGCUGUUGAAGAACAGGAAGAGUUUGAGUCCAUCACUAUAUGAUGCUGACUUUGAGAAGAAACUUAAUAGUCUGAAAGAUCUUGAAAAGGAUGGACUGCAGAAAGAGAUAGUGAAGUUAUACAGAGCAAACCUUGAUCUGGCUGAGAAAUGUCACAAAUCUGAAUUGAAUGAAGUUGAGCUUCGUGAAGCUUUUAAUACGACAAACUACAAGCUUGAAGCAGACAGAGAUAAACGCCAGCAACUUGAGGAAAGUCUCGAGUCUAACAGAGCUGCCAGAGAGGUUGAUCUGAAGGAUUUAUGGAGGCUUGUACACAACCCUGAUGAGGAGGAUUCUACCGAGAGUGAGAUUUCAUUGUCAUCAUCUGCAGAAUAUCUAAAGUAUCAGAUCAGACAGGAGAUUUCAGCCCUCAGAAACAAACUUAACAUCAAGGAAAAAGCUCUGUCUGCUCUGAGACUAGAAAAAUCCAAGGUCCAUCCAAGUUGUAAGAAAAGGACAACAAACUCUCCACUUGUUGAGGCAUUAAACAUAGAUGUAGUGAAAAGUAUAAAAAGGCAGGGUAUAAGUAAAGGAGAUAAAUGUUCGUGUGAGUGUGAUAAUAAAGUUCACACCUGUAAUAGAUCUGUACCUUUGAUGCGUAAACAUAGCAGUGAGGAUAACUCUGAUGGACAACAGUUUAGUCAUGGUGAUAGUCUGUUAGAUGACCAAGAAAACUUGACAAGUGAAAAUUCAGAUGCCAAUGUAGAUAUCAUAGAUAAUUCUGAAGAACUUGAUAAUAUGCAUAGGAAGGAUAUACCAGUCAGAUUCAGGUCUGACAACUCUACAGGGUCAGAGUGUAUGCUUUCAAAUAAUUCUGAUACAGAGGGAGGGGUUAUAAACAACAACCAUCCUAAAUGUCAGAUAUCAAAGACUGGAUCAGGUGAAAAAAUUCAAUCAAAUGGAAAUGGAGAAUGGCAAUUUAUCAAAGACCGAGAUUGGGGUGAAAGUGAAAAAGGAAUUGAAUUUAAAAGACCUGGUACAGAAAAUGCUGUUGUUCACAAGGACAAAGGUCAUGCUAUGUUACGGAGGCAAAGUUACAGGAAAGCCAUUGAAAAUCCUGCUAGUUCAACAGAUGAGAUGCCUACAGGUAGAGUUAGAAGUGACAGUUUCAGUAAUGCUAUAGAAGAAGGUCAGAUAAGUCCCACCAGUUUCUCAACAACCCCUGUGUUCUCUGUGAGUGAUACUACACCAGAGUAUGAGGGAUUUGAAUCGUUCUCUAUGACCUCUGCUCCAAGAUACUUUAGCACUCCUUUGUCGAUUGAUACUGUAAAACCUGUUCCUAUUGAUCGAAAGACAGUUUGUGUGAAUGAUAAUGGAACCAGUUGUAAGGAUGAUGAAAGUAAACCAAAGAUUCCAACACUUCAGGCUCAGUUGUUCAAAGCUGGAGGAGUGAAUUCAAAUAAACUAUCUCAUUGCAGUUCCAACCACUUAUCAAUCCUCCUGGAGGAGGAAGCUCAUGGAGAUCAGAGCUCCCUGUGUUCACAUUCGUCGCCAUCUGGUCUCACAAGUCCGUCCGAGUCAGGAAAUUCCAAAAUGGACAAUUCAGGACAGGAAAAAAGUCAGCUUUCAGAGUAUGAUUUCUCUGCUGAGAUCUGGACAUUGAGCAGAAGUUCAGAAAACUCCACAAACACACCAUCAUCUUGUGACUCCGGUCAUUCAAGUUCUAUCACAAGUUUUGAGAAAGCAAAUAGGUCACCAUCAGAGGAUAAUAAAAUGUACCAUUCUAAUGAAAAUAGUUCUAAAACACCGCCACCAUCAGGAUCUCCAGUUUUUCACUCUACCUCAGUCUCCACUCAUGAAUCUCCAAUCUCUUUUCUUGAUUAUACCUCCUCAUAUAAUGCAUCUGUAUCUCCGCAUGAAGUUCUUGACAUAAAGAAAGAUAGGGAGGAAAAUAAUGGGAAAGCUUCAGAUAUUAAUUGCAACAGUGUUAAACCAUUUCAUGCUACUGUUACAACAAAUUCUACUACUGUCCCUGCAUCAGAUUGUAAACUUGAUAAUGGUAAAGCUUUAUCCAGUGAUAAACCUGUUGAUAUUAUUGACAAUGUUACUGAUAAAUGUAAAGUAGCUGUAGAUUUAAAUAAAGAAGGGUCUAAGAACUAUGUGAGUGCGGGUUUUGAACCGAAUUCUCAAGCUUGUACUCCCAGUGAAAAAAGUGAUAAAAAAGUCGAGAAGGAUACUGUAAAUGUAAACAAAAGUAGUGAAGUUAGAUUUGUUCUAAGUCCUAAAAGACCACAAACUUCUAAUUCAUAUGAAAGUGAACGGAAUUUAGCCCCAAGUGAAAGGAUAUUACAAAGGUCAGCCGCAAACAAAUUGGCAAAUUCUCCAGAAAAUAAACAAAAUAUAACAAACCAUGUGCAUUUACAAAACAGGAGUACAACAGCAGAUCCUGCCAGUGUAGAAUCAAAGGAGGUUAACAUAGAUGAUACAGAGUCUAAGAAUAAGAUGGGCCUGACAGUGACUGUGACUUCACCUGUAAAAGAGGAUCAGGAUUGUUCAGAUACCAGUCAGCCACCCUCUCCUGCUAUCUGUUUCUUCAAGAUUGGAAGCAAUGGUAUGAAAAAGAACACAGAUGUAGUCCCAACCAAACAACCUGUCACAAAUGGACUUGAUAAGAGUCAGGUACUUGUGCCAGGGGAAGGUCAAGAUGGUAGUGGUGGGGAACAUCAUAAACACAGCUCCAAUUUGUCCAAGAUUCGAGAG